UACUUACAAAAAAAUUCAUAACUUUUAAUGCUUUUAGCACGUACAAGUCCAGGAACGUAUGGCUGGAAUGUUCCACCAAAACAAUCGCAACCCGUAAACUCAAAACCAUCAGCACCCUCAGAAACAAUCUCAAAAACCAGUGCCACGAACGUGCAAUCCAGUUGGAAGCCAUCUGGUGGCUAUAAUUCACAAACAGGAACGCCAUACGCCAAUUCAGGACACACUACCGGACAGCGUAACCCGAACCAAGGUUACAACCCAUCAGUAGGUUCAAACCAACACACUCCUUACCAAAGUAUCCACUACAAUCCUAGUCAUAGUCAACAGAGUCCUGGAGGUUACAACGGAUAUAAUUCCCCUGGUUAUAAUCCAUCUUCAGGAUAUAAUCCAUCGUACAAUCAGCCUCAUCAGCCAUACAAUCCGUACAAUCCAUCCUACGGGCACUCAUACACUCCAGGAGCUGGGUACAAUCCACCAGUUGGUCAUGCUCCUCAAACAAUAUUGGUUCAGUCUGCUGGGCAGCCUUACAAACCAGGAAUCGGUCAGUUAGCUAAAGAAGCAUUCGUAUUUGCUGGGGUAAGUGCUGGUGUCAAUGCAGUAGCAAACAGAAUCAUUCCUGGUGGAAUUUACGGUGGUCAUGGACAUUCCGGAUAUUCUGGAACUGCUGGAAACCCAGCUGUUCCAGCUGUCACGCACACACAAAUAACCUACAACAAUUACUACAACAAUGGCACUGCUCCUGAAGGACAAGGUCCUGCUGCAGCUCCAGUUCCAGGAGCUGCAGCACCAGCUCAAGCCCCAGCUGUAGCAGCUCCAGCUCAAGCUCCAGUUGAAGCAGCUCCAGCUCCACCUCCAGUGACGCCAAUCGAAUCAAAUCCAAAUCCUCAGAAUAAUUCUAGUGCUCCAGCCGCAAAUUCUCCGAAGAAUGAAGAUGAAAUGUUUCCAAGUCCCAAUGGUAAUAUAAUCACUAAAAAUGAAAUAGAAAAAUUAACCGAAGAAUUGUUUGCUAUGGAUAAAAAUAAUGCGUUCAAAUUUAUUACCAUGAAUCUGCAAGGACAAAAGAUGGAUGACAGUACGAAAGAUGACGCUAGUGAGCCUCUUUUGACUGUUAAAAGUGAAGCUUAUGAAAUACCAACUGUUAAAGCCACUAUUGCACUUCACGAUAAUUAUGAAUUGGAUAUUAAAACAAAAGAAGAUGUUACUUCAGAAGAAAGAAAAGAAGAAAGUGACUUUAUUGAUUCUAUUCUUGAAACAGAUAUUAUGAAAACGUUGAUGAAAUUUUUAGCAGAUAAAGGAUAUGUUAUAAACGAUGAGUACGAAUUUAAAGAUACUUUGAAGAGAAUUUGGUUUUCACAGUUUAAAAGAAUUGACGGAGAACCUGGCAGCUCUGGGUUUGAAACAAUAUUUUUGGCGGAGAAGUUUGACUCGGAAAUUAUUGGUAUGCACAAUUGGAUUUACUAUGCUAAGCGUGAAGAAGACAAAAAGUUGAACUAUCUUGGCUAUAUUAAACAGACUACACUUGGAGAUAAAGGAGCAAUCAUUAAAUUACGAUCCAGUUUAGAAGAUAUUGUUCAACCCGUGACAACUAUAUUCGUCGGUACAUCACCAGAGUUGGAAAUUGCUCUCUACACAAUGUGCUUUUACACGCGUCCUAAUUAUGCCUGUCCAAUCAAAUUAGCUAAUCAAAAUUUCAUAAUAAUCGCUAACCGAGUUAAUUACUUCGGUAAAGAUAUCAUGGUAUCCGCCUACCCAGAAAUUUAA